AUGCCCGUAGAUUACUAAUAGCUUAACACUUUUUUGAAUUCUGGUAAAAUGUAAAAGUUGUCGUCAAAUCCAGAGUUUGCAUUUCAAUAUUCGAUUGUUCAGUUGUUUUAGAUUGUGACUAUGACAUGUUAGAGGAUCAUAAACUGACAGUAUGCAUAGAUCUUGACGAGGCAAUGGAAGGAAAGUUUACCUUAAAUGAGCAAAAGUGCUCAACAUGUCAUAAGGUAUUUUCCAGUGUGGCGUCUUUGGCAAGUCAUCAACAUGUUCACAAACAAGGCAGAGAUCAUAUUAGUGUGGAGGAAAUUGUAGAUGAGUGGAAGAUCAUUGCAGCCACUGUCCCUAUUUCACCAAAUUUGAUCAAAUACUUACAAUUGUUGCUGAAGAAAAGUCCAAGUGAUCGAAUGUUAUCCUUCAGCUGUGAUGCAGUUAGCAUAAUCCCUUCACUGGAACCGAGUAUUACAAGAUUCACCAUUCUCCAGUCUGUCAGGAAAUUAAUUGAUAGAUUCACGGCCAAAGAAAUGAAUAAAACAAAAGAUAUACCAGCUUCAAGUUCCAUCAUAUUGAAUGAUGAUGAGAUCCAUAUUAUCCAAUACAUUGCUGGAUUCAUUUUACAAAAAAUGCAAAAACGAUGCCGAGACCCGGAAGACUUCGAAAGAAUUCAGUCAUUGAUCAAUCCCGAACUGGACUGUUUGACAACUAGCUCAAUGAUUGCAGUAAUGCAGGAAACAGAAUAUGGACAAUUAACCGUACCAUCACCCAGUGUCCUUGAACUAUGUAAGCUGCUUGAAGUUGAAUUUAGAUUAAACUAUGCCCAUGAAGAUGUUAUAGCUUCAGUGUUUAAAAAUUUUAAUAUGGAAUCAUUCGGUAUUGCCCAAAACGAAACUGGCAUGCUGGACAUCUUGGAAAAGCUAUGUCGCUUCUACCUGAAGAUAAGGUGCCAUCAAAAAGCCAGAGUCAUCAAUAAAUCCCUCUCUUUGAAAAAGAACCAGAAUUUAUCCCUAAGAAAACUGAUCUCUUUUCACUUUAUUAGUAAGUAAUUGCUCCCUACAUUAAUUAAACUACCUAAGUGACCUAUUUUUUAUAUAUCCUGUAUUCAUUGCAUGGAAUAUAGUGUAUUUUCAUGACAAUAGGCACUGUAAGGUGCAUAAUAAAAAUACAGCAUACUUUGAA